ACAGGUUCCCAGAAUCGAAAGUAAAAGAGAACGAAUACACGCUAUUUCGAGCCUUUAAGACUACAGGUUGCUUAAAAGAAGGGUAUUUUGCGCUUCCACAGAAGUAUUCAACACCAAACAAAGAAAAUGAAUGACACAGGAUCAGCUUCAUCUGAACUCAGGAUUGUUCUGCUGGGUAAGACUGGAUCAGGAAAGAGUUCAGCAGGAAACACCAUCCUGGGCAGAGAGUAUUUUAAGAAUGCUGUUUCACCAGAGUCAGUUACUGAAACCUGUGAGAGAGGAGAAGAAAUGAUUGGUAAUCGACUCAUCUCAGUCAUCGACACUCCAGGCCUGUUUGACACUAGAAUGACAAAAGAAGAUUUAAAGCAGCAAAUAGUGGAUUGUGUAAACAUGUCUGUUCCUGGCCCCCAUGUGUUUCUUCUGGUCAUCAGAGUGGGGAGAUUCACAGAAGAAGAGAAGAAAACAGUCAAAUGGAUUCAGGAAAACUUUGGAGAAGAAGCUAGACAAUACACCAUCAUUCUGUUCACUUACGCUAAUGAACUAAAGGAGGAAACAUUAGAUAAUUAUAUCAGUAAAAGCAAUGAUCUGAAGGCUCUGGUUGAUGAUUGCGGUGGCAGAGUUCACUCAUUCAACAACCAGAACAUGAAGAAUCGCUCUCAGGUCACUGAACUGUUGAGGAAGAUUGAGAAGAUGGUGGCUGACAAUGGAGGAGAGCACUACACUAAUGAGAUGUAUAAGGAAGCUCAGAGAAAAAAUCAAUUCUGGUCAGAGACACCUCGAAUUGUGCUGCUGGGUAAAACUAAAUCAGGAAAGACCAGUGCAAGAAACACCAUAGUGGUUCAACAGAGUCUAGAGAGGGGAAAUUUACCAGAUUCUGCUACUGUGACCUGUGAGCUAGAAGUAGAUGGAAAGAACAUGAUAAUAAUUGACACUCCAGGACUGACUGAUGCACCAGAAGAGACACUGAAUGAUGAAAUAAAUCGUCUCGUCUCGGCAUCUGCUCCUGGUCCUUAUGUGUUUCUGCUGGUCAUCAAACUAGACAGAAGAUACACAUAUGAAGAAAAAAACACAGUGAAAUGGAUUCAGAAGAACUUUGGAGAAGAAGCUACUCGACACACCAUCAUUCUGUUCACUCAUGAUGAUGUACUAAAGGGAACACCAUUAAAUCUGUAUAUCAGUGAAAAUCAAGAACUCCAAGCUAUUGUUAAUAAAUGUGAUGACAAAUUUCACUCCUUUAACAAUAAUAAUCUGAGCAACAAAAAUCAGGUCACUGAACUGCUGAAGAAGAUUGGGAUGAUGGUGGAGGAGAAUGAAUGGAGGUUCUACACUAGUGAGAUGCACAAUAUCGCUCAGAUAAAGCGUCAAGACAGAGCAAGUUUCUGGUCUAAGAAACCAAGGAUUGUGCUGCUGGGUAAAACUAAAUCAGGAAAGACCAGUACAGCGAAAACCAUUGAGGGCCGAGAAAGUUUUACUGGAAAAUGGGAGAAACAAGAAGCAUGUGUAGCUGGAAUGAACAUGAAAAUAAUCAAAACUCCAGGACUAAUUGAUAUACCUGAAAAUAAGAUAAAGGAUGAAAUAGAGAAGCUGGUCUUCAUGUCUGAGCCUGGUCCUCAUGUGUUUCUCCUGAUCAUCAAACUGGACACAGGAUUCACAGACGAGGAGAAUAACACUGAGAGAUGGAUUCGACAGAACAUUGGAGAAGAUGCUUUACAUCACACCAUAAUUCUGUUCACUCACGCUGAUCAUCUGAGGGGGAAAACAUUAGAUAAGUAUAUCAGCGAGAGAAGAUUUCUUCAGUCACUGGUUAACAGCUGCGGUGGCAGAUAUCACUCAUUCAACAAUCAGGAUAGAUAUGAUCGCAAUCAGGUCACAGAACUGCUGGAGAAGAUUGAAAACAUUGCAGAAAGAAACCGAUGGAAGUGCUACACAAAUAAAGUGUUUGAAGAUAUUCUUGAGAAUCCGUUCUGCAAACUACGUAAUAUUGCAUUUGUAGCUGGGCAAGCAGGAACAGCAGGCAUAGCAGCAGGAGCAACAGGCAUAGUAGGGACAGCAGGCAUAAUAGCAGGAGCAACAGCUCUGGCAGUAGCAGAGGCAGUCUUGGCACCAGCCAUAUUAAUUGGAGCAGGAAGUGCAGCUGUAAUUGGAGGAGCAGUAGUCGGAGGACGAGCAAUCUAUAAAAAAUUUGCUAAAAAAGAUUAGGAAACGUUUGCUAAUAAUUUGCUCUGAAUGACUGCUGCAAUCAUCAAAGUGGUUAUGGAUGGAUGACACAUUAUUACUUAAUGUUUUAUAAUGCUUGUAAUAAAUAUUUCAUGUUUAAAUCUUCAGUAGAAUAAUAAUGACUAAUUCUGGCUUGAUUGUAAAUUUUUGGUUUCUUAUAUAGCAAAGGUAAAUAAGAGUUUGAUGAUUGUACUCCAUAUAUCCUCCAAGAUGCUUACAUUUCAAUUUGCAUUAAUCUGUUAUCUGUUGACUUUUUUUUAGUUGACUUUCGUAGUUUAACCCUUGUGCAUCCUUUGGGACCUUUAUGUCUUUUCAUUAUUAUUUUAAUAAAAAUAAAAAAAUGUAUUAAAAAUGA